GUAAGGAGCUGGGCUCUAACAGAGACGAUUCCUCUGAGGUGUCCAGUAAGUGCCUGCCGUGCCGUGAGGGCUGCCCCUACUGCCGGGACGAGACCCCCUGCCUGGCGCAGGAGGACGGGGCCCUGAGGCUAGCUGUGGCCUCCUUCCAGGGUCUGUGCACGGUGCUGGACCUGGCCGGCAUGGUGGUCAUCUACCACUUCAGGAGGAUGAAGAGCAUCCGCACAUCUGGUCUCAUCCUACUUGAAGCCAUUUUGUUUGGGGCUUUGCUGCUCUACUUCCCA